AUUACAAAGAAAAAGAAUAAAAAAAAACAAAAAAAAACAGCAAAAAAACAUCGAUAUCUUUGAUUAAGAAAAUUUUUUGUGUAACAUCUUACAAACAAAAGCGGUUUUAUAUAUACAUUGGUGCUGCUUUUUAAUGCAUUUAAUGAGCACAAAUCGUGGAGAAGUAAUACGCAUGCAAACAAGGUUGCAAGCGUCUCGUAUGUGAGCCAGUUGAUACUGAAAGUGUUAACCUUAUCUAUAUUUGAAUUAUAUUUUGACAAUUCGAAGAGUUUAAGUUCAGGACUUAUCAUAAGUGGAUAUUUUCAUAUAAAAUAAACGAGAACGUUUCCCUCACUGACCUUAAAGUGUUGACUUUAAUCGCAUAUAAUUAUCGAUAGACGAAUCAGCAAAAUGACAAAAGUGGAAUUAUAUAAAUCGCGUAUAUUUGUUACCACUAUACAUCUGCUGGCUCUUGGACAAUUCGUUUAUGCCUUGUAUUUUCGAAAAUGGGAUAAACAAAAGAGUUAUCGUUUAAAAAACGCAGCUAUUCAACAUAUGGUAGCGGAUACCUGGGAAAAGAAAUUACAUUUUCUAACCUAUUGGUGUUUGAUAAUACAAGCCGUGUACUUUACCAUUGCCUUAAUUAACGAUUUUGUGGGCACCAAUGAAGUCUCACCUAAACGAUUACCACGUAUACGAAAGUUAAAGGACUACAUGAUGGCUGCCUUUGCUUUUCCUCUCGCCUUAAACGUUGGCAUUACUUUCUGGUCUAUAUAUGCCAUUGAUCGGGAGCUGAUAUUACCGAAAGCCUUGGAUGCCGUAUUCCCCAGCUGGCUGAAUCAUAUCAUGCACACUAAUAUUGCGGUAUUUAUGAUUUUGGAAAUGUUCACUUCAUUUCGUGCCUACCCAACACGAGGCGAUGGUAUGGCGGGACUCAGCAUAUUCCUCUUGGGCUAUCUAAUAUGGCUGCAUGUUGUUAAGUAUUACUCAGGCCUCUGGGUAUACCCUUUUUUGGAGGUGUUAUCGCUUCCUCAGCGUCUUUUAUUUUUUAUUGGCUCAUUAGCUAUUAAUUGGUGUCUCUACGUGCUUGGCGAAACUAUGAACAACAUGAUUUGGUCUAAGGAACUUAAAAUGGCUCAACGUAAAACGAAUUAAAUGUUUUUUUUUGUUCUGUUGACUAACAAUUUUUAUAUCAUUGUAAUCUUUGGAAGUUUUGUGUAAGAGCGUAUAAUACACCUCAGAGCAAAAACGAAAGAAUUCUUAUGAUAUUGUUAGAAAUUAUUUAAAAAAUAUUGCAAAAAUUAAAGGAAAACGCCAAAAAAAAGCAAAAAGAAUUUUCAAGCAUUCUCUUUAUGUUCUGAAUUUCAUAGUAGAUUUUUUCUUUACGCGAUUUUGUUAAGGACAUUUAUUGUUGUAAUUUUUUAAUUUAAAUAUUUAAGUAAAAUAGGAGCUAAAUUAAGUACACAUUGUCAUAUCAAAUAUCAAAGCACUUUAAUUAAAGUUUUUCCACCCAAACAAUUUUCACAAUUGUUAAAAA